AUUAUUUUGUAUCCACUUUGUUUUUAAAGUUUAACAAACAAACAACCUCAACAUGAAAUUCGUCAUUGUUCUCGUUGCCCUUUUCGGUUUGGCUUUGGCUGCUCCACCACAAUCUCCACAGGACGCUCAAGUCCUCCGUCAAGACGCCAAUGUUGGUGCUGAAGGAUACAACUUCGGUGUUGAGACCAGUGAUGGAAAGUCACAUUACGAGGAAGGUCAAUUGAAGAACAUUGGAACUGAAAACGAAGCUCUCGUUGUUCGUGGUCAAUUCCAAUACAUUGGUGAUGAUGGUGUCACUUACACCGUCAGCUAUAUCGCCGAUGAGAACGGUUUCCAACCCAGUGCCGCUCAUUUGCCAGUUGCUCCAGUUGCUUAAGUAACUUUUGACGAACUUUUUUGCAAAGCUACAUACAUAAGUCUGAAUGGUCUGUGUGUUUCUGAAUGUUGUGUUUUCUUUUAAACUACCAAAGGAAAAACAUGACUCGAGUGUUGUUAACUAAUUGAUAUUUAAAAAUAAACAAACAAAAUUGUUAAACAAAAAAUA